CCAAUAUGACGCAAUGACACUGACAGAUGUUUCAGUUUGGUCUCGAGCUACACAACAUUCGCAGUAUCGACAAACGUUCAUAAAACGUUUGGACGUAAAACUAGUGUCACUCUCCUCUUAUUUUAAUAAUUUUGACUUUACAAAUUUUCUAUUUUUCCUUCGUUUUAGUUAUUUAAGUGUUAAGUGUACUCGUUGAAGUUUAAAUAAUGUACAGUGCCGCAAUCAUAUACGCAUUCUGAAGCAAUUACGUAAUGGGAAUUAUGCUACAGAAGUUAAAAGUUUUGCCCUGAAAUUCAACAUGGCCGCUGACACAGGAAUGGAUACUUGCCCUAGUCCGGAAAUUACGGACUCCAGAAAACGACCCCUGGAUGGAGACUCAGAAAAUGGGGACGUCAAGAGGUCACACUUCAGCUCGGUCGAGCCAACAUACCACUUCAAGGUGCUCGUACCGUCGAUGGUGGCCGGUGCCAUCAUCGGCAAGGGUGGCGAGACCAUCGCGCAGCUGCAAAAGGACACCGGUGCCAGAGUCAAGAUGUCCAAGUCACACGACUUCUACCCUGGUACGACAGAGCGAGCAUGCCUCAUCACGGGCUCCGUGGACGGCAUAAUGGUGGUGCUGGACUUCAUAAUGGAUAAGAUAAAGGAGAAGCCAGAGCUGGUGAAACCCUUCCCGGAGGGCGUCGAUGCCAAGAUGCCACAAGAUAGGGAUAAACAGGUUAAAAUAUUAGUACCGAACUCGACAGCGGGCAUGAUCAUCGGCAAAGGGGGCAACUACAUCAAGCAAAUUAAAGAGCAGAGUGGCAGCUAUGUGCAGAUCUCGCAGAAGGCGAAGGAGCUAUCUCUUCAGGAAAGGUGCAUCACCGUCGUAGGUGAGAAGGAUGGCAACAAAAAGGCGUGCUUGAUGAUCUUGCAGAAGGUGGUGGACGAUCCUCAGUCUGGUUCGUGUCCUAACGUAUCGUACGCGGACGUGGCGGGCCCGGUGGCCAACUACAACCCGACCGGCUCCCCGUACGCUGUCUCAACAGAGGUGACAGAGGUGACCGACUUGAACACGCUUCUCACAUAUACUCGCUCACGUUUCCUAUGUGCACUUAACUGAUCUCAUCAGAGCGUCGAAAAUGCUGUGAUGAGAUCAGUUCUCCUAAUUUUAAAAUCUUUCUUUUUGACUUUUUUUUACGUUUGUAUCUGUUCUGAAGACGGCGGAGUUCAUUUUGAGAGCUAUUUCUAAAAUAGUUUUCAGUCGUAUCU